GGCACCACCCUGUGCAACAACGCUGCUGCUGCUGAUCAUUCCCAUCCUCACGAAGAAGAUGUCCAUCGAGCUGGACAGGAAUGGAGUCCCUCAGUAUGCAGGCCAGCCAGAGUAUUUCAAUGAAUACGAAGAGCGAGCCUGGGAUCUCUACCACGGCAGGACUGGAGAGAGGUCUAAGCAGGCCGCGACGGCGCUGCAUUUACGAUCAGGCCUUUCUGGUCCAGCCUACGAGGCAGUGCGCAAGCUCAAGCAUGAGGAGCUGGUAGCUGCUGACGAGUCUGGCGAAUCAAGGCCGGACGGGCUCACUCUUUUCCUCACGACGUUGAAGAAAGAAGUUCAAGAUAUUGCGCCCGUCCGGAGCACCGAGAUUUUCGACAAGGCCUUGUACGGAUCAUCGGUCUGGCGCGACCGCAACGAGUCCAUGGCCAUUUAUGUGACAAGGAGGCGAAAGGAGUACGCAGAGUUGCAGGAGGUCAGCGCCACGACUACGAUCUCAGAAGAUAUCCAGGCCGCACUGAUCCUCAGAUUCUGCGGCAUCAGCAUGAAGGAGCAAGCCGCAGUCCUCGCCUCCAACAAGAACGAGUACAAGCUAGCUGGCAUCGAGUAUGCUCUGCGGGCUCAGUACCCAGCGGUACAUCGACAGCAGGACCGACGCGCUGAUCGCCGAGAGCGAUCCGCCUACGCUUGCGCCGCGUCGGAGCAGGACGAGAACCCGUCAGAGCUCGAUCACAUCUAUUUCGAGGACGAGGACGAGGACGGCUACUACCAGGGCGAGGAGGACGACUACGAGCACGGCGAGGACGACGAGUUCGACAUCGAGAACUACGUCGCGGAGAACCUCGACGAGCUUGGCACCGAGGAGGCAGAGGCCCUCACCCUCGUUCUGCAGAGCCGCAGCAAGAUCUUCAACAAGAAGAAGCCGCCUAGGCGAGUGACUUCGAGCUUCCACGGUCGUGGCAAGGCCGGUGGAAGGGGAGGCCGCCGGGGAGGCGGCAAGGGAUUGACAACCAGGUCGCCCGCAGGGCGAGGAGGCAGCAGCAGUUCGAGUAGUGCCGUCCCUGGCUACGACGACCGACAGCGAGAUGCUCGCCGGCAGCACAUCGCCAACUUGAAGAAGCGGACCCAGUGCUCCGACUGUCACCAGUUCGGGCAUUGGCAGGGCGAUGAUGUUUGCCCCCGUCGGUCGAGCCGGAAGCCUACAUCAGUGUCUCCAGCAAAGAAGCCCGCUCAGAACUACUUCGCGCUCGAGGAGCACGGGGGCAACGACGGCGACAGCGAGCCGUCCGAGGUCGUCAUGGUUCUGAAGGGCGAGAUGGAGCACGUCUGCGAGCACGUGGCCGACGACGCCUGCGAGAAGGUCGUCCGCGGCGCCAACAAGACCACCAGGUGCAUCGCAUGCAGGGAGUGCGACCGCCACUUCACGCUCGCCCACCGCGACAGAGGGUUUGAGCUGUGGAGCUACUUCAUGAAGGCCCUGAUGGGCACGAAGUGGAGCCGCUUCCUGUCCCGCAAGGAGUUCGCGAGGCGGAUUGCCCUGGUGGCCGACGCCCUGAUGGUCCAGGGUCGCCUCCCAUCUACGUAUCGGAGGCGGACGGCGGCGCCCGCAGCGCGACGCCUUUCCGGCAAGCAGCGGCUAUUCGGCCGGCUGCCUGCAAGAGGCGAUGGACCACGUGCACCUACACCGGCGGCCGCAUCUGCGGCCAGUUCUGCGAGGCCGAGUGCUACUGGAUCAGCACCGGCCGCGCCACCUACACCCGAGAAGCGCAUCAUCAAGGUCGACUUGGCCCAAGGCGACCCCGAGCCGAAGCCGGGGCCGGAGCUGGCCUUCCUGUGCGGCAUCCCGCUUCACCACAGCAUCGAGCUGGUGGAGUUCCCGGAUCUCGACGGCGUCGACCAGCUCAACCCGGUCCCGUGCCCAGCGGAGGAUGCGGCGUCCGACCCGGCACUCAUCUGGUACAACAAGUGGGCUGUGGACCAGGCGUAUUUCCUCUACGCCAUUGUGAAGAUCGCGCGUGGCAAGUUCAACGUUGCCCCGCAGCAGAUGAUCGACGGCGACAAGAGGAGGCUCCCCGCCGACAACGAUUGGAUGGAGGUCAACGCCGGCGGCUUCACCAUACCGAUUCAGCCCAACAUCCACCAGCCGGACGUCAUCUCUACCUACGAGUGCUCGGUCAUGGCCGCCACUACCGGCAAUGCCUUCUCGGCGCACGACAACGACGCCGACGCCAUGCUCGCCAUCAUCGACACUGGGUGCACGCGUACCAUGCACGGUGAGUCGUGGCGGGCAGCCUUCGAGCGUAAGCUCGCGAGGCGCGGUCUACAGGUAGUAGUGAAGACCCCGACCUCCCGUGCAUUCAGAGGGAUCGGCGGCCGCGCGAGGAGCACCGCGGCGGUCCGUUUUCCCGUGGGCAUUGGAGGAAAGUGUGGCGAGAUUCUGUCGUGUGAGGUGCCGGGCGACUGCCCGAUGCUGCUCAGCAGGGACAUGCUCACCAAGCUUGGGCUCAGCAUGCGGCUUUCCACGGAGGGCGAUGUCGCCGACUUUGUCAACAUCGGCGUCUACAACCUGAAGCUCCACCACACUAAGGUGGGCCACCCGGCGGUCAACCUCCUUGACCUGCCGAACGAGAGCUACGAGACGGCCGAUUGGGCGGCGCUGACGAUGCCCGAGGAUCACCACCUCGAGUACUUCCCCGAGAAGUUCCACGUCGGCAUCACCUACGUCGAGGAGAGCUCAGUUGAGCCUCUCCCCAGCUUCCUGGACAUCGAGAUCGGCGAGACUACGGACGACGAGUGCCUCCAGACGGUCGUCGACCACGACUACGGACCGGACGUCUUCGCCGCCGAGGCGAUCGAGUGGGGCGGCAAGCGCAACCUCACCAACAAGAAGUCCAAGAAGCUCGAGCAUUCCCUGCAGGCCAUUGCCGUGCAGGAUGAGGUGGUGCAGGCCGUCGUGGAGAAGCAUCCGCCCAGGGCCCGGCUGCCUGCAGGUGCCAGGACAUGGGUCAAGCAGACCUACGCUGGCCAGAUGGGUUUGACAGUGCUCAUGGGCGCGAUGGGCCUCUCGGUCGGCGUCCCACUGGACAAGCACACGGGCUGGGGCGCUACCACCAGGCUGGGCAGGCAGAGGUGCGACGCGGAGAUCACCAACGAGGAGCCGUACUGCCUCGUGGUCUCGCACCCCUGCUCGCCGUGGGGCAACUGGAGCAGAUUCAACAUGGCCCGUUGCCCGGAGACCGAGAGGAAGAUCUUGGCCAAGCGCGAGGCGAACCGCCCCAUUCUCAGGCAGGUGGACUCCUCAGUGGACAGCCGAGUGCGGAGGGGCUUCCACGUGGCGCUGGAGCACCCCCAGGGCUCCGAGGCCUUCGACCAGCCGGAGAUGUCAAGGACGGUCCAGACCUUCGUGGGCCAGUUCGACUACGACGACGGCCGCAACAGCACGCGGCUGGUCACGGAGGGGUGGUUGGGGGCGUGCUCGGAUCUGCCGGACCAGGCAGAGGGGCCGCCACGCUCGUACGGCCCAGGCGAGCCCAGCAUUCAUUCCGAAGUUCAAGGUCAUCGGAACGAUCCUCGAGUAUCCCAGGAGGCCAUCGACAAGCCGGUGCCCCCGGAUGACGAGGCUGUCGACAAGCCGGUGCCGGACGACGAGAUGGGCGUGGGCCUGGAGCGCGGGGAGAAGCGCGGAGGCCUGUCACUUACCCAGCUGGACAGAGCCAUGCGCGAUCCGGAGCGUCUGGAUCGGGGUUCCAUCAAGAAGCCUCGCACCUUCCAGGGCUACGUGGAGGAGGAGUUCAGCGUCAUGGAGGAUGCCCUCCACGAAGUGUUCCUCACCAGCGACUACAAGCCGGACCUGGCUGUCGCCUACGAGUGGCGUCGCACCGACUACGGCAUCAAGAAGUUCAUCACUACGGACAAGCGUGGCCCUCGCUGGUCCAAGGUGCUUCGCCGCAUCACCAGAGACAUCAAGACAGGCAUCGUGAUCGAUGACAUCGACGUCAGAGGUCUUGCUCUUCGCGAUGCUCGCCUUCGUCGGCCUCUGCCUGGUGGCACCACCGCGGUCGAGACCAUCUUCGUUCACGCCGACGAGGACGUGGGCACGAACGACACAGUCGAGUUCGCCUAUCUCACCAAGGGCGCGGUCCGCUCCGAGAUCAGACUUCAAGACCUCGCCCCAGAGCAGAGGAAGGAGUUCGAUCAGGCUAUGGCCAGGGAGUGGCGCAGCUGGACUGAGUUCCAGGCCGUCGAGGUGCUGAGCUUUAGCCAGGCCAAGGAGCUCCUCGACAGGGGUGCCUCCCCAGUUGGGACGCGCUGGGUCCACACGGACAAGAACGCUAAGAAGCGCAACCUCAAGCAGACCUACGACGACAUCCCGCUCGCUGCCAAGAGUCGGCUCGUCGUGCAGGGGGGUUGGCGCGAGUCCAUCUACGAGCCCUGUCUGUUCAUGCUCAGGGACAGCAAGGGCAAGCUCAACGGCUUGCUGUGCACGCACGUCGACGACCUCUUCGUCGCGGGCGCGGGCGAGCAGUUCGAGCGCGUGAUGGAGAUCAUCAAGGACAAGAUUCGCUUUUCCUUCCAGUCCGACACGUUCAGGUACCGUGGCAAGGUCGUGGAGCAGGACAACCAGACUUUCGACAUCAAGAUCGGACAGGCCGCCACGGUCGAGGCGCUGGAGUACAUCACCCUCGAGCCGCACCGCCGGCGCAAGCCCAAUGCGCCACUCACCCCGGAGGAGAUCUCUGCCCUCCGUAGCGGCGUUGGGUCGCUUGGCUGGGUAGCACGGCAGACGCGCCCCGACCUGGCCGUCCACGCUUCACUUGGGGCUCAGGCCAUGAGUGGCCCCAAGAUUCGUGACAUUGUUGCAGUGAAUCGUGCCAUCAAGAUGGCUAAGGACGACGUUGGUUUCAAGCUGAUGUUUUCAUCCCGCCUGGACUGGGACAGUGCCAUCGUGUUCGGCUGCGGGGACAGCAGCCAUGGCAACAUUGACGACCUUACGCUAGGAGAGAAGGUCAAAUCCCAGUGCGGCUAUAUCAUCGGCAUGGCGUCGCCCGACCUCGAGACGGACGCCACCGCGAUCAUACAUCCACUGGAAUGGGCUAGCGCGACGAUCAAGCGAGUGGUUCGUGGAUCGCUAGCAGCUGAAUACAACGGUUUCUUGACGACGGCCGAGAGUGCGGAGUUCCUCAAGCACGUGGUCGCCGAGAUCUCCGACCCCGGCUACUCAUCCUACCAGUUCGACCCGUGCUUCGACGGCAAGCAUCUGCUGCUGCUGACGGACGCGAACGGCCUCGUCACCUCUUUGGAGAAGGACGGUGGUCAGCCCGCUGACAAGCGAGUGCGGAUCCUGAUGGCCCAGAUCCGCCAGCUACUCGGCCAUGACGUGCUGAAGCAGGAGCGAGAGGGAGAUGACUGGAGGAUACGUGUCAGGUGGAUCGACACGAAGCUGAUGAUCGCGGACUCUUUGACGAAGGCCGAUGCUGAGAGGAGUUUCUUGCUAGAGCGGCUGUCUGAGGGCCGCUGGUGUUUAGCGCAGACGAAGGAGAUGCUCGCUGCUAAGGCAGCGGCAGGCGAGGUGGAGCGCCUCUCCGGCGCCGAGCUCGGCGAGCGGGCCUUCGUGGAGCGCGUGGCGGCGGCCGGCAGGCCGGUGCUCCUGUGCGGCGUGGUGGAGGGGUGGCGGGCCUGGGAGGAGUGGCGGCGCCCGGACGGCUCGCCGGACUACGGCCGCCUCGCCCAGGAGUUCCGCGGCGUGACGGUGCCCGUCGUGGACUGCGGCCCGGCCGGUGGCCCCGCGGAGCCCCCGCGGCCGGCGGCGGAGCGCGACGCGGGGGACUUCUUCGACUGGGCGGCGCAGCGCGGCGCGGGCGGCGCGGGCGCGGACGGGGGCCGGCUGCUGUACCUCAAGGACUGGCACAUGGCCCGUGCCUGCCGCGCCGCCGGGGUGCGCCCGCCCUACUCCGCGCCGAGGUACCUGACCGCCCCGCUGCACGACUGGCUGAACCUGCACCUGGAGGACGACUACCGCUUCUGCUACGUGGGCGUCGCGGGCACGUGGACGCCGCUGCACCACGACGUGCUCCUGUCCUACUCUCGGAGCGUCUGCGGCCGGAAGCGCUGGGUCUUCUUCCCCCCGGAGGCGACGCACCUGCUGCUCGCGUGGGAGCGCAGGGUCGAGUUCGUGCAGGAGCCCGGCGAGCUGGUGUUCGUGCCCAGCGGGUGGUACCACCAGGUCGAGAACCUCGACGAUGCUGUCUCGAUCAACCACAACUGGCUGAACGGCAGCAAUGCCCUGCAGGUGUGGGGUUUCCUGCAGUCCGAGCUGCGCGCCGUCCGGAGCGCGAUCGGCGACGUGCGCGAGACCUUCGACAGCGCGCAGGAGUUCGAGGAGCAGUGUGAGGUCCUCAUGCGCGCAAACUGCGGGCUCGGCAGGGCCGGGUGGCUCUCCCUCCUCGCGGCCGCGGCCUCGGCGGCGCUCGGCGAGCUGUCGGCGGGCGCCGCCGCCGAGGACGCGGACCGCCUCUGGGCCGCGCGCUGGGCUGCCGAGCGCGUGCGCGCGGCCGCCGCAGCCGCGCUCGCCGACGUGGCGGAGCAGCAGG